CCUGGUAUGUAAGUGCAAAAUGAGCGGGGGUCUCAUGCAGCCAGCAGUAUACCGUGUGACCCGAGGAAUUCAUCCGGCACCUAUAGAUAUUUCGGAAUCUCCAAGUGUGGAGGCGGCGUGCAAUGUGAAAAGCACAACCUGCUCUCUUGAGAUGGAUAAUUCACUGGAUUGUAGAACAUAGUCCAUCAACAUUUGGAAUCUGUGAGCCAUUGGAAAUUGACCUUGACGGAUUUGAAAGACAAUUUACAGACAGUUGUAUACUUCAUUCAGCACCAGUAUUUUCCGCAACAUGAAGCAGCUUCUUCCUUUUCCUGGCUGGUUUAGGGCAGCGAGCCUGUGCUUAUGUUUGGUCCACACUGUCACUGCUGCGGUCCUGACAAACUCCACAGGACUGGAGUCCAUCCUGGACAAGUACAGGGACAAGGAUGAGGAGUGGUGGAAGGCCAGAACGAGAGGGAAGAGGGCCAUCAGCGAGGGAGACCUGCACCUCAUACUGGACCUACACAACAAGUUGCGAGGCCAGGUCCACCCUCCAGCCUCCAACAUGGAGUACAUGGUGUGGGAUUACGAGUUAGAGAGAAGCGCCGAGCAAUGGGCCCAUACCUGCCGAUGGGAACAUGGACCGAGCCACAUGUUGACUCAAAUAGGCCAGAACCUCGGUGCGCAUUGGGGCAGGGACCGCCCACCCACCUACCACGUGCAGGCCUGGUAUGAUGAAGUGAGGUACUACAGCUAUCCGUACUCCCAGGAGUGUAACCCACACUGCCCUUUUAGAUGUUCAGGACCCGUUUGCACUCACUACACUCAGUUGGUGUGGGCCACAAGCAAUCGUAUUGGGUGUGCCAUCAACGUGUGUUACAACAUGAACGUGUGGGGAAUGAUCUGGGCUAAAGCUGUCUAUCUGGUCUGCAAUUACUCACCACCGGGAAACUGGUGGGGUCAUGCUCCAUACAAGUAUGGUGCGCCAUGCUCUGCUUGUCCAGCCAGUUACGCAGGAGGAUGCAGGGACAAUCUGUGCUACAAAGACGGGGGUGCUGACAGGCGUCCGGCUCCAGAGACCGAGGAGACCAACUCCAUUGAACCAGAACCGGAUGCAGUGAGAGAAAGGGAGCCCCAACCCAGGGCCCAAACACCAAACCCCUCACAACCCUCUGAGGACGUAGACCGAAACCAGGUCGUAAGCACCGAGCAGAUGUGCCAACAGAUGGACUGUAACACAAAGCUGAGAGAUCGAUGCAAAGGAACAACAUGCAACAGAUAUGAGUGUCCACCCGGCUGCUUUGACAGACACGGAAAAGUAGUUGGGACUACGUCUUAUGACAUGCAAUCCAGCGUGUGUGGAGCCGCAUUGCACGCUGGCGUUAUUGACAAUGAUGGAGGAUGGUUGGAUGUGACUAGACUGGGUCGAAAACAUCAAUUUACCAAAUCAUACAAGAAUGGCAUUCAAUCAAUAGGGAAGAACAAAAGUGCAAAUUCCUUUAAAGUACAGUCAGUGCCUGUCAAGGCAGUAGCGUGCGAUACUACCGUGGCACUCUUCUGUCCCUUUAAGAAACCUGUCCGACACUGUCCGAGUGUCUUUUUCAUUAGGUUGUAUUGUCCCAAGAACUGUCUGCGUGAGAGUCAGGCCAGAGUCACUGGGAGUAAAUAUUACGCUGAUAAAUCAAGUAUCUGCCGAGCAGCCCUUCAUGCCGGAGUAAUCCAGAACGAAUCUGGAGGUUACCUCGAUGUAAUGCCAGUGGACCGCAGGAGGCAGUACAGAGGCAGUUACCAAAAUGGCAUCACCUCACAAGGCUUACUUAACCCCACGGGAGGAAAAGCCUUCCAAGUGUUUGCUGUCAUCUGAAAUGCAACGAUCAAAAGUAUCCAAGGACGCGCUCAUCGCUCAACCUAUCCAGCUUUCAUACAAACAAUGAUUUGGUUCUCCUGCCAUUGAUACAAAAGGUGUAACAGGACUUAUCGUAACUGAAAUUGAACUGAACAGAAUCCUUUUUCAUUCACGGCUUGGCGUAAGAUUUUCCAUGAAUGACUGUGAAUACUCCAGUAGGGCACAAGCAAAACAUACUAACCCACCAGCAGUUUUGCAUCCAGAACUCACUUGCUGUGAGGCGACAGUACAGACUACUGCCUCACCAUGCUGCCCGCACAGUUCCUUAAAAUGUAAUUUAAUUUCGAAAGGCUAAAAACGGCUCCACACACAUUUCAACCUUGGUCAAAAUCCAACACUCCAAAGACCUGCUGUACCUCUAGCUACUAUGAAAGCUGCUUGUGAUUGGAAAAUUUCCUGAGAGGAGGAGGAAAAUCUGCCACUAAGGAGUACUGGAUUAGCUAUAGAGCUUUUUAAACUAUGCAUCUGAAGUAAUUAAGUUUAUUGCAUGUCAAGUUAAAUUGUAUAUACAGGAUGUCCUCAAAAACACGCCAAUUCAAAACAGAGAAAAGGUGUCACUUUACUCGAAUAUUCUUGCACACUUAGUAGCCACAGACGCAUGAUGAAAGUACAACCAAACAGACCCAAAGAAAUGUUAUAGUAUGUGAAAUCAGCCUUCAAAAUGGUCAAGAAUUGAGAUAUUCUUUCAGCUUUCAGACACUGUGGGCGUGUCGCUAAAUGCUCUCAAAAUUCCGCCUCCCCGGAACUUUCAGCAGUCCGUCAAAGCAUGUCCACUUCUAAGCGGGGAGAGGAUUCAAGCGAGCCACAUUGCACUGGCUCUCACGGGCGACAGAGAAGCAGUCUUUGAGCUGGCAUAACAACCGUAAGCCCCGCUCCUUUGAAAUCCAGCGGGACAAGAGUGCGCCAUGAGUGACCACAGCCGUGAGACAGGCACCGGUCUACCAUGAUGAAUUUGUUCCCUCCUCCUCCUCGCCCCGCGGCGUGCGGCCAGCAACUGUGAGGCUGACGGCCCUCACGCUAUUGUGCCGGAACUCCGGCGGGCACUCGAACCGCUGUCGAGCUGGCAAGGGGCCGUGGGGCGGCGAAGCUCAUCUGGUUCACCGCUGGCUCGCGACGCGGACUGCAGAGACACUGUGACCCAAAUAACACAAACACAUUAGACUUAAGGGAAGAUGUAUUUCUUGCAGUUGUGAGCAUAGUUUGAUGGCCAAUCGCACGCUCUACUGGUAGUCAUGCGUUCAGGUUAAAAGGCAUGAGGAUGUGGCAAUUCCGCCGAAUGGCCACUGUGUGGUAUAUGGGCGCUCGAUGUUUAUAUAGUGGGGGAGUGGCUCCUUCUCGAAAGUAUCCCCGCCAGCCUGCUGAUGUCAAGGGGCUACUUUUUCGCCCGCCCCUUAAAACAGGCCAACUGAGAUGAUCAUUUUUUUGUAAGCUAUAACUCAACAGUUCAGUCCUAAAUUAUUCUCAGCGUUGACCUUCAAAAAUGACACGACAAUGAGUUCAGUUCAACUUUCAAUACAGCUUCUUUUGGUAUAGCACAGUGAUUCUUCAACGUAGCAGAUUUCCCAGCUUAUCCAGGGUUGCAGGAAGUGCGGGUACAUAAACGUUGCUCUAUAUGAAGCCACAAGCAGUUGGGGCCUGUGACGUUGCAGGUCACUUGCAGAAUACCGAUCGUCUGAUCCAGCAUGGGCAACCAAUCCGGUUGGCAGGUGCUCAUUGAUAUAAUCGCCUGACAGCGCGACGGUUGUGUGGCAGCGUCACCACCAUCAGCAGCUGGUUGUGGAAAAAUCCAAGUGCCAAAUCCAUCUCCAGGUAACUUUGAACAGGAACAAUUUGAACGGCCCUAAAACUGAAAAGACAAUAGUGUUGAUAGAAAUCUACCUUCCAUCUUUAUAAAUAUAUUUGAAUCGGUUUAGUUAACAUCACAUCUUUAAAUCAGGGAGUGUUUUUGUGGAAAUCCUGUAUAUAAAUGCUGUAUAAAUAUAAUAAACUAUUCUUGCUAUUGACGGGAAGAGACAAUAUAUUCAUUUUAAUCAUUCAUUUCUUUUGACAAUAUACCAAAUAGCUACAAUACCUGAAGUAUGAAAUAUCAUCUGUAUAUGUUUGUACAUACUACACUUUGCUUGUUUAUUGCAUCAAAAUGUUGUAAAUACUAAUGAAACAUGAACCCAAUGGGGUAUGAGUGAUGGCUUUUGCAUUCAUCAUUCAUUCUUCAUUCAUCAUUCAAGUGUUGCCAGCUUAAAUUCAGUCACCAUUAAAUCACGAGAAAACCAUAACAUACACAUAUACAGAAUACUUUUGUUUUUG